AUGGCCAAAGCAUCACCCCCUGAUCAAGUGGACAUCAGAACCACCUCGCUCCCACGCAUCUACACCAGAACCAACUCCUCCAAAUCCGGCCAGCCACCGCGUCCCGCCGCCAUUCCCUUCUCGAUCUACACCGCCAAGCUCUUCGUCUACGUCCUCUCCACGUGCGUCCUCCUCUUCGUCCUCUCCCAAAUCUCCCUCCUCCAAUCUCAGUCAACUCCUUCCCCACAAUGGCCUCUCUCUCUCAUGCACCAGUGGCAAAGAGCCAUCCUCGACACCUCCUCCGUCAUCGCUCCCGACCCCGCCACAGCUGAUAAGCUCGAGGCCGUGGCCGAGAGGCUCCGUGACGCGGUCACCUUCCUCCCGCUCAAGGACAAGCGCUUUGCUGACCGUCCCGCCGAUGGCCACACCUGGUUCAUGAGCUCCCUCAAUGACACCAGCUUCGGCGGCGGGCCCCAGCAUCUGCACUUCCCGUCGAACAGCUCAAAGGGCCGGGUGCUAUGCCUCAAGGGACGCGACCCCGAUGACGGCUCGUGGAACUACUAUGCCCUCGCGUGGCGAGAGGCCCUCCCGCGCGAUGCCACCUUCAUGAGCGGCCUCACUUUCGUGUCCUACAACCACUAUGACUACGGCAACAUAUGGCACGGCUUGUCGACGGUGUUCCCGUUCGUGGCGUGGCACCAGGGGCAUGGUUGCCGCCGCCCGCCUGAGCGGUGGGUGCUGUACCACUGGGGCGAGAUCCGGCCUGCAAUGGCCCCGUGGCUGAGCAAGCUGAUGGAGGCAACGUUUGGAAAGCCACCGUCUGUAGAAGUGUUUGAUAAAAUCAAGGAGGACGGUUCCGUCUGCUUCGAGGAGGCAGUGGUGACAAGGCACAACGAAGGAGGGAUGUCCAUGGAGAAGAGGAUCGAGGCCUACGAAUUAUUGAGAUGCAGUGUGAGGAGAUAUUGCAACUUGAGCUCGGAGGUUGACAACGGUGGUAACAAGGUUAGCACGAUACGCCUGACGUUGUUGAUGAGACGAGGAGCGAGGUCCUUCAAAAACGCGUCGGCAGUGGUCGGGAUUUUUCAGAGGGAGUGCGAUAAUGUCGGAGGUUGUCAGCUCACGGUGGCUCACUCCGACGAUCUCAGUUUCUGUGAUCAGGUAAAACUGAUGAGCACGACGGACGUGUUGGCGUCGCCGCACGGGGCGCAGCUGACCAAUCAAUUCAUCAUGGACCGGAACAGCAGUGUGAUGGAGUUCUACCCCAAAGGGUGGCUGCGCUAUGCCGGGGUCGGCCAAUAUGUGUACCUGUGGCUGUCGAGCUGGUCGGGGAUGAGGCACCAGGGCGCCUGGCGAGACCCGGACAGCGAGCAAUGUCCCUACCCGGGGGACGAAAUGAAAUGCUUCGACAUCUACAAGGACGGCCAGAUCGGGCACAACGAGACGCAUUUUAGCGAGUGGACGAGAAAGGUUCUCAGCGAGGUGAAGCUGAGAAAGAAUGGAGAUACCGGUCCGAAGAGGAAGCGGGACCCUAUCGGUGCUUGUGCUUGCCACUGAUGAUUCGAAUAUGUUGCUUUUCAAUUUUCCACAGCAUGCGCCAUCGUAAUUUUUUUUUCCCCCUCA